UUAAAUUUGUCUUUUAUUAUUUCUUCAUUGUAUGUUUUUCUUCACUAAGAAAUACUUUAUUUUGCAUAGUAAGCGUAAAAGUUAGUUUAAUAUUAUGCACGUGAUCAACCGAUAUUGCAGGUAUACUUAAUUUUUGAUACGAUCGACCGAUAUUUUUCUAAAGAUCGAUCGCGAUGACGCGAUCGACUGGUUGGCGACCCUGUAGGUAUAGCGUAAUAACCUAAGUAAAUAAAGUAACUACCUAUUUUAUUAAGGUUUAGAGAAUAUGGUUUGAAAUUAUAAUAGAUAUUUGUGUUGAAAUUAGAACGAAGUUGUGAGUACAGUAAACAGUUCCGAGCUUUUGGGGUUACUGAAAACCUGCGGUAUCAUAGUAAUCGACAUAUCUAGUGAUAUUUCGGCAUUAACUAAAGGAAAAGAAAUAUUUAGGUCAUUAAAGAGUGAAAUCGUCAACCUUAAAGGUACUUAUGUUUCAAAAAACAUAAAAUUGAUAGUGGUAAUAUCUACUGUCAUGACUUGGGCAGGCGUCAAUAAAAAACAUUAUAUGAGUGAACUUGAUGUGAAUAAUAGAGUUCCAAAUCCGAAAUAUAUGGAACAUUAUGAAUUUGAACUUGAAGUAUUAGCUGUGAAUGAAACCCAAGGAUUAAAAGAAAUUGUGAAAACAAUAAUUGUUUGGGCUGGACUUACAUAUGGGUUUGAACAAGAUUUGUUACAAUUCGCGUUUGACUCAGCUUGUAAAACUACCGAUGUAUUUCCAAUACCAAAUAGCCAAAAUCAUUUACCUGUAAUACACGUUGAAGACUUAGCUAGGGUGAUACAUAAAGUAAUAUCCGAUGAUCAAGCAUUGAAGUAUCAACAUAUUUUUGCUGUUGAAAGUCCAAUAAAUACAUUAAAACAAAUCAUCACUGCUCUAGCUAAGUCGUGCGAUGUAGCUCCAAUGGUUGUGCCAUUAAAUACAUUCAUGAAUAAAUAUAAACUCAAGGUGAGCUAAAAAUUCAGAUUGUACCUAAUUAAGCACUUAUGUAAAAGUUAAAUUUCGAAACGAUCAGGGCAUACAUAAACAAAUUAUGUCAACCGAUAUUAAAGUCAAUUCGAACAUUAAUCGAUUGUGGCCUAAUUUCGAAUGGUACAACAAUAAAUCAUCAAUACUGAAUUCAAUGAAAUAUUUAGUUGAAACGUACAAAAGAGCUCAUAAUAUUAAAGUGAACAUUUUUUUAAAAUAAUUAUUUUGAAUGUAUAAUAUUUUGUAGUACUGAUUAGAGAUAAAAGUAUAUUUUUUUUGUAUAGAGUAUUAAAUUAAUUGUACUCGGUCCCCCGGCUUCUGGUAAGACCAAACUUGCACUUCAACUUGCGCAGUAUUAUGGUUUAAUCUAUUUGGAACCAAAAAAAAUAACUGAAGACUGUAUUAAUGAAAUUAGAGAAGAAAUAAGUUCACUGUACCACAAAAGUCAAUUUACCGAGGAUUCGGAAGAUUUAUUAGAUGAUGCUGAUGACCAAGCCGAAAUUAGUCCAAUUAUAACUAACAAAAUAUUAGAAUUAAAUAAAAAGCUAUCAAUUUUAUAUUCAUCUAUGGAUGCCAAUAAUGAUGAAUUGGAAGAUAUUUAUCUAAUUCCAUUAUUGAAUGAAAGAAUAGCACUUUUUAAACGUGGGUAUGUCUUGGAUGGAUAUCCAACGACAGUAGAUCAAGCCAAAAUGCUAUUCCGAUUCGAUGAUAUGAAUGUACUUCAA